AGGGCGUGGAGUGUCCUCUUCGGCGUCUCCUUCCAUCGUCCCUUCGGUUCCUCGGCUCCUCGGCUCCUCGGCAUUUUCCGCCGUUGGGCCGUAUGCAGCUUUCCUCUAAACCACUGACUGUAAUUUCCCAGGUUUCUUUCAGCCACUUCCGGGUCUUCCGUCGUUCCGGAAGCCCGCGAAUUCCGGAAGCGAGGGCUACCCAGAUUCGGCUAGGAAAAGCCCAGCUUGCCAGAGAAUGUUUGAGAAAAGUUUGCGCGGCGCUGGUGUGUUCCGCAGACCCUGCAGGUCAGUGUCCGCUCGGAGGCGGUCCGGCGUGCGGGCCCCGCGCUCUCGGAGGACGGCCUGGCGACGUUCGCCUUGGCUGCAGGCCGCUGUGGCUUCCUGUCUUUCUGGAAGGAGCCAGCCUGUCUCUGGGUUUCCGGAAAGGCAGUAAAACAAAUCCAAACUCCUAGUUUUCCCCUAGUUUAAUGCCAUCACACAAACAAAGCGACUCUGCAGGGAACCAACCUCUGCAUUCCCCGGGGCGACGUUGCAGACAGCCCCGAAAGCGCCUCCUCGCCAUUAACAGUACUAGCUCUUGACAAGUAUGAGGCAAAAGCCUCUUGAAGCAGAUGUGCAGCAGAAUUCUCCACCACCUUUUGAUAGGCCGCUGAGUGCUGAGGGGACCACAGGAUCCAAGGAAAGCAUCAGAGAAGAUAUGGCUGCCAGAGAAGAGAGUACACAAAGUGCCAACAGAGUGCUGAGGAUAAGUCAGCUGGAUGCACUGGAACUGAAUAAGGCCCUGGAGCAGCUCGUGUGGUCCCAGUUUACUCAGUGUUUUCAUGGAUUUAAGCCAGGACUGUUAGCUCGCUUUGAGCCAGAAGUGAAAGCAUUUCUGUGGCUUUUCCUGUGGAGGUUCACCAUCUAUUCCAAAAAUGCCACUGUGGGGCAGUCGGUUUUAAAUAUUCAGUACAAAAAUGAUUCUUCUCCCAACCCAGUAUACCAACCACCAAGUAAAAAUCAGAAACUGUUGUAUGCUGUGUGCACUAUUGGGGGGAGGUGGUUAGAAGAACGAUGUUACGAUUUGUUUCGAAACCGACAUUUAGCAUCUUUCGGGAAAGCCAAACAGUGCAUGAAUUUUGUGGUUGGACUUUUAAAAUUAGGUGAGUUGAUGAACUUCUUGAUUUUUCUACAAAAAGGAAAGUUUGCAACUUUGACAGAACGCCUCCUUGGCAUUCAUUCUGUAUUUUGCAAGCCCCAGAGCAUGCGUGAAGUUGGCUUCGAGUACAUGAAUAGGGAACUUCUCUGGCAUGGCUUUGCCGAAUUUCUGGUUUUCCUCUUACCGCUCAUCAAUAUCCAGAAGUUGAAAGCCAAGUUGUCUUCCUGGUGCAUCCCCCUUACCAGCACUGCUGGUAGUGACAGUACACUAGGCAGCAGUGGAAAAGAGUGUGCUCUAUGUGGAGAGUGGCCCACAAUGCCUCAUACUAUUGGAUGUGAGCAUGUAUUUUGUUACUACUGUGUUAAGAGUAGCUUCCUAUUUGACAUGUACUUUACGUGCCCUAAGUGUGGCACAGAAGUGCACAGUGUGCAGCCACUGAAAUCAGGAAUUGAAAUGUCAGAAGUGAAUGCUCUUUAGAAACCAAGUUGUUUCCUCUGAGGAAAGUGUAUUGUAUCCAAUUCCUUGGAAUUCGUCAUCUUCAGUGUCAUCUGUAGGUGGCUUUUAGCAGGAGUGUGCUGUGCGGCCACUCUCUUCCUUUCCAAGCACAACUCAGUUCUAAUCACUGGAAACCAAGUGAUUCUAGAGAAUCUUAUAAAUCCUCAUGUUAUUUUUUGAUCCCUAAUACAAUUUUUAAUGUCAAGAAUAAUGGAAAAUUUUGUCAGAUGAAUACUAAGAAUGACUAAGAAUGCUCCUUCAUAGAAAAAGGUCAGACUCUAAAAAUAAAACAUUUUUGAGGCUCUGG